AUGGCAAGCAGUGGCUACAGAGCUCACGUUUUAGCAAUUCCUUAUCCCGCUCAAGGCCACAUAAACCCACUACUCCAAUUCUCCAAACGCCUAGCCUCCUCUAAGGGCCUCAAGGUGACUCUAGCCAACACCGUCUUCAUCGCCAACUCAUUGAACCUACCCAAAUCGGCAGGCUCCGUCCAACUUGAGACCAUAUCCGAUGGGUAUGAUGACGGCGGCUUUGCCCUAGCUGAAAGCAUCGCCGCCUAUCUGUCCCGGUUACAAGCCGUGGGUUCCAAAUCCGUGGCCGAGAUCAUUACAAGGCACAAGGCAACACCAAACCCUAUUGACUGCAUAAUUUAUGACCCCUUCUUGCCUUGGGCUUUGGAUGUAGCCAAAGAUUUUGGUCUAGCCACGGCUGCCUUCUUUACUCAAACCUGCACCGUUAAUUACACUUACUAUAUUGAGCAUCAUCGUCCUGGACUGCUUAGGAGUCCAGCUUCUUGCCCUAAUAAUCUUCCUCUCGGACUGCAUAUUCUUGAGCGUCAAGAUAUGCCGUCCUUCUUUUCUGUCCCGGGCUCGUAUCCAGCUUACUUUGAGAUGGUGUUGAACCAAUUCUCUAAUACCGACAAAGCUGAUUUCAUCUUCGCCAACACUUUCUACAAGUUAGAGGAGGAGGUGGUGGAUUCGAUGUCUCAAGUUUGUCCAAUGCUGACAAUAGGGCCAACGAUUCCAUCUGCAUACUUGGACAAUAGCAUCAGAGACGACAAGGAUUAUGGGGUUCAUCUGUUCAAGACAGACUACUCGGUUUGCACCGACUGGCUCAAUACCAAGCCGGCAGGCUCCGUCGUGUACGUAGCCUUUGGUAGUAUAGCCAAUCUAAGUGACAAGCAAAUGAAGGAACUUGCCUUGGGGUUGAAGGCAACUAACUUCCACUUCUUGUGGGUGGUCAGGGAUUCAGAAGAGGCAAAGCUUCCCGAUAAGUUCAAAGAAGAGACGGCCGAGAAAGGG